GGCUACAUUACCUAUGCCUACAUGCUCUGUGGCCUUGUUCUUGUCUAAUUCAUUACGUGACACGGAACUUAUAACCUCUCUAAAACAUUUCGUGAGCGGGGUAGCAAACAAAACUCACGUGUUUGUUUCUCCCCAAAAAAUGAAAAUAAAUUGAAGUGAAAUAAUCAAAAAUGAGUAAAUUAUAUGUGUUGUAUGAACACAGUGCGGGGUUCGCCCUGUUCAAAGUUGCCGAAUUUGAAGAACUUGCGGCAUUUUUGCCUCAAGUCGAGGAGUCUGUGACUGACUUACAGCGAUUCAACUCUGUUGUGACGUUGAGCGCAUUCCAGCCAUUCAAAUCUGCUGUGGUAGCGUUGGAAAAUAUUAACGCUAUAUCCGAAGGUAUUGUACCCGAAGACCUGAACUUAUUCCUGGAGGGAGCGCUUCCAAAGCGCAAGAAGCGCAGCAAAUGCACUCUGGGUGUGUUGGACCCCAAACUAGGGGCUGCCAUCAGCGAGGCUCUGGAGAUCCCAUGCUCACACACUGGUGCUGUUCCCGAGAUACUCAGAGGUAUCCGUCACCACUUCCACGCCCUCAUCAAAGGUCUAACUCUGAAGGCAUGCAGCGUAGCGCAGCUCGGUUUAGGCCACUCAUACUCACGUGCCAGAGUCAAGUUCAACGUGCACCGAGUAGACAAUAUGAUCAUCCAGUCCAUAGCGCUACUUGACCAGCUCGACAAAGAUAUCAACACGUUUUCUAUGAGGAUCAGAGAAUGGUACUCCUACCACUUCCCGGAGCUGAUCAAUAUUGUGCCAGAGAACCAGCUGUACACCAAGUGCGCAGAAUUCAUUAAGGACAGGAAAUCAUUGAGCGAUGAGUCAGUGGAACCUUUGACGGAGAUCCUCGGAGACUCUGAGAAGGCCCAGGCUAUUAUCGAUGCAUCCAAAAUGUCUAUGGGCAUGGACAUCUCUCCUGUAGACUUGAUUAAUAUUCAGAUGUUCGCCGGCAGAGUAGUUGGACUCAGUAAUUAUAGAAAGCAGAUAUCAGAGUACCUGCACACUAAGAUGGAAUCUGUGGCCCCGAACCUGACAACCCUCGUCGGAGACCAGGUCGGCGCCCGACUCAUAUCCAAGGCCGGUUCACUCACCAGCCUCGCCAAGUACCCGGCCUCUACACUGCAGAUUUUGGGUGCCGAGAAGGCUCUGUUCCGUGCGUUGAAGACUCGUUCGAACACGCCCAAGUACGGCCUGCUGUAUCACUCGACGUUCAUCGGUCGCGCGGGACUGAAGAACAAGGGACGCAUCAAAAUCCAAUCAUCCGUAUUUGGUGAGAAACUCCGCCAGCAAGUUGAAGACCGUCUCAAAUUCUAUGAGACCGGUGACAUUCCUAAGAAGAACAUCGAAGUAAUGAAGGAAGCGUUAGAUGAACUGCAGCAGGCUGUGGAUGCUGAUGCCAGCGCUAAGAAGAAAAAGAAAAAGAAGAAGAAGAAGGAAAGAGAUGAGGAACAGCCUAUGGAUGAGGAUUGAAUAAGAUAGAGUUUUACUAAGGAUCGUGGACGAUCGUUCAGAAGGGUGAUAGAAGUUAAACUACAUUUUAACUCGUCGAGUACCGUAUUUAUAGACACAAUUAAAGAACUAUAGGUUGCGGUCACCGGUGACCGCUUGGUGUUUGACAGUUUAAUGGUAAUGAAGUACUGAGCAGUUUAAAACUGCUUAUAGUGUUACAAAAGUUUCACCAUAUUUAGGUCAUUGAAGUUUUCGGUUCAUAAGUUAGUACCUUUUUGUUACAGCUUUGUACUUUUGUACUGACAUACUUGUUUUGACUUUUUAAUUAGAAUUUUUACAACACAUUCAUAUCCAAUCCAUUCUACCAAAUUUUAGAUUGGACACU